AUGCGAAAGAUAGCAGCGCCAAAUCGACUGCCUAGCUGUUCACCUGCUUCAUCUACUAUGGUUCUCUGGGCCACUAUCGCUUUAGCCAGUGUCGCUUUUAUUGUGUACAAAAUAUUCUUUUCUGAGAAGAAGGGAAAACCGGAGAUUCAAAAGAAAGACUGGAAGAAGGACACUGUUUACUUAUAUCAGUUUCCUCGCGCAAAGGCUUUGCCAAACCUGUCACCGUUCUGUCUGAAAAUUGAAACGUUCCUCAAGGCCAAUAAAAUCCCUUACGAAGCAUGUCCCGUACUCAUGGGCAGAUCUCAGUACGGUCUGUUACCAUUCGUGGAGCUGAAUGGUGAGCACAUUGCAGACUCUCAAAUCAUCAUGGAUCGCCUCGCCAAGCACUUCAGCGUUAAGCAGUUGGACAAUCCAAAAGAUCGGGCCAUUGCCAGGGCGAUUGAUCGGAUGGCCGACAACCAUACGUUCCUCGUACAGUACCAGUACAAAUUAAUCGACAACGACAACGGUUUCUUCGAGACUGCUUUCCGUGAUGCUGGAUUUCCAGAAGCAAUAUUGCCUAUUAUCAUGCCUCCAAUAGGUUAUUUGAUGAGAAGAAAGGCCUCUCAACGAAUCGCUGGUGGUAUUGGAAAGCUCUCUGAUGAAAAUUAUAAGGAUCUUUUGCGUAAAGAUUAUGAUACAUAUCAAACCUUAUUGGGUCAACAGAAAUUCAUGUUCGGAGACGAGAUUUCUGCGGCUGAUUGCACACUUUUUGGACAGCUGGCAACAACGGUUUAUCUUCCUAUCAACUGCUAUGCAAAAGAUGUACUGAAAGAAGAGUAUCCAGCGUUGGUACAGUACUGUGACCGGAUAAGGGAAACUGUUUUCGGAAAGGAAUUCACAUCCGAUUGAUGACGUGUAAAUUAUAAUCGAUAACCGCUGUGUUUUCAGAUAAUUCUGAAUCUAAAAAUAAAUCACCUCAAUAAACC